AAUGUUAUGAACAGAAGCAAUAUAAAAAUGGCCUCAAGUUUUGCAAGAUGAUUCUUUCGAAUCCAAAAUUUGCUGAACAUGGAGAGACUUUGGCUAUGAAAGGCUUAACAUUGAACUGUUUAGGAAAAAAAGAAGAAGCAUAUGAAUUUGUUCGUAAAGGACUUCGUAAUGAUGUCAAGAGUCAUGUCUGUUGGCAUGUAUAUGGACUCUUGCAGCGUUCUGAUAAGAAAUAUGAUGAAGCUAUUAAGUGUUACCGAAAUGCCCUGAAAUUAGAUAAAGAUAAUCUGCAAAUUUUGAGGGAUCUCUCUCUAUUGCAGAUCCAAAUGAGAGACCUUGAAGGUUACCGAGAGACAAGGUAUCAGCUUCUUCAGUUGCGCCCAACACAGCGUGCUUCCUGGAUUGGGUAUGCUAUUGCAUACCAUUUGCUGAAAGAUUACGACAUGGCACUAAAACUAUUGGAAGAAUUUAGACAAACUCAGCAAGUUCCUCUCAACAAAAUUGACUAUGAAUAUAGUGAACUGAUAUUAUACCAGAAUCAAGUGAUGCGAGAAGCAGAUCUAUUUCAGGAAUCUUUAGAACAUAUAGAAACAUACGAGAAACAAAUAUGUGAUAAACUUUCAGUGGAAGAAAUUAAAGGGGAAAUGCUGUUGAAAUUGGGAAGAUUAAAAGAAGCCAGUGAAGUAUUCAAAAAUCUGAUUGAUCGGAAUGCGGAAAAUUGGUGUUAUUAUGAAGGCUUGGAAAAAGCUCUGCAACUUAGCACUUUAGAGGAGAGGCUUCAGAUUUAUGAAGAAAUUAGUAAGCAGCACCCCAGAGCAAUUUCACCUAGAAGAUUGCCUUUGAAUCUUGUCCCAGGUGAAAAAUUUAGAGAGCUAAUGGAUAAGUUCCUGAGAAUUAACUUCAGUAAAGGCUGCCCACCGUUGUUUACUACUUUGAAAUCUUUAUAUUACAAUACAGAAAAGAUUUCUGUGAUCCAGGAACUUGUUACUAAUUAUGAAGCCUCUCUUAAAACAUGUGACUUUUUUAGCCUUUAUGAAAAUGGGGAGAAGGAGCCCCCAACAACACUACUCUGGGUUCAGUAUUUCCUGGCACAGCACUUUGAUAAACUUGGGCAAUAUGCUUUGGCUCUGGAUUAUAUUGAUGCUGCAAUUGCUAGUACUCCAACUCUAAUAGAAUUAUUCUAUAUGAAAGCAAAAAUUAACAAGGUAAAAUCCUAG